AAGCAUCUUCAUAUAAAAAGCAACAUGUAUUGUUUCUGAAAAGACCUCUUCAUCGGACCAACUAUUUCAUAGGAUAAGUUAUCGGGAGACUGAACUGAAUCAAGAUUUUGAGGAUAUAAAAUAUUGAUCUGAACAACAAACAUGGCUCCAACAGAGGGUGGUGUAAUUCUGUUGCUAUUAACUAUCACCUUGGUCAAUGGACUUGGAUAUUAUAGGUAUAAUAAUGCACACUAUUCAACUGGUCAUCGAAACACAGAUCGAAGUGAUGACAGCUCGGAAGAAAAUCGAGGUUCUGUUAUCUCAGUGAACAGAGCCAGAUGGCAUCGAGGACCACCAGGUCCACCAGGACUACGUGGUCAACAAGGUCCACCAGGAUACUCUGGAAAACCAGGCACUGGAGUUCCAGGACCACCAGGUCGUCCAGGGCAACCAGGCCCACAGGGGCUCCCUGGCCUAGGAAAGCAGGGUGUUCCAGGAGCACCAGGAAAGUCAGGUGAAAUAGGCUAUCCUGGACCAAAAGGGAUUAGGGGAUCACCUGGCAUGGAAGGACAGAAAGGUUCAGCAGGUCCAAGAGGAUUUCCAGGGCCAAAUGGGUUGUCACUUCCUGGUAAACCGGGUGAACUAGGGCCACGGGGUGCUCCUGGACCUACAGGCCCACCUGGAAAAAUAGGAGAACAAGGGUAUCCUGGUCCAAUUGGUGAAAAAGGAGAAAGAGGAGUUGGAAUACCAGGGCCUACAGGUGAGAGGGGUACACCUGGACCACCAGGGCCACAAGGAGUUCGCGGUGAAGCAGGAUACGGCAAACCAGGAUCCUCAGGCCUUCCUGGCAAACCUGGAGAAAAAGGUGAAAAGGGAUUACCAGGUUCACAUGGUUACUCUGGUAAACCAGGUCAAAAAGGCCCACCUGGAUUACCUGGACCCCCAGGUAUUGGAAAGCCUGGAGUGGAUGGCAUACCAGGGUCUCCAGGAUCUCCUGGUCCCACUGGUCAUCUUGGUCCCCGAGGAUUGCCAGGUGAGCCCGGACUUCCUGGUUUUGGGAGAACAGGCCCACCAGGGCUUAAAGGAGAUACGGGUGCACCAGGCCCAGCUGGAUACCCAGGAGACAAAGGUGAACCAGGUGUUCCAGGCAAUCCAGGUGCCUCUGGACUUUUAGGACCAUCUGGUCCACGUGGUCCUCAGGGUCUACGAGGUGCACCUGGUGUACCUGGUACAACAGGAGCUAAAGGAGCAGCAGGACCUGCAGGAACUCAAGGAUAUCAAGGACCAAAGGGUGAAGUGGGUCCCGGGGGUGCCCCAGGAAAAUCAGGAAUUUCAGGAGAACCUGGCAUGCCUGGGCCACAAGGCCCGCCUGGACCACUUGGCCAAAAAGGAGCCAUUGGACCCACUGGGUCUCCUGGCAUAACAGGAGAAACUGGUUCUCCAGGUGUUCCAGGGCCACCAGGAUUCUCAGGUGAGGUUGGAGUGAAUGGUCCUCCUGGUCCUUCUGGCCCAAUAGGCCCACCUGGUUAUCACGGACCCCCAGGCUUCCCUGGAGAAAAAGGAGAUCCCGGACCUCCAGGGCCACCUGGACCACCAGGUCUUUCUUCUGGCUUUAAUGAAAAGUUACUUCUUGGACCACCAGGCCCGGAAGGCCCAGAAGGUCGUCCAGGUCCACCAGGGCGUCCUGGACCCCCAGGCCAACCAGGAUAUCCAGGCAAGCCAGGUAUUGGGCAGAAGGGAGCUCCUGGCGAUCCAGGACAACCAGGACCACAAGGACUCACUUUAAAGGGAGUUUCAGGACUUCCGGGAUCACCUGGACAACCAGGGAGAGUAGGAUAUCCUGGAUCAAAAGGUGAUCCAGGAAUUCAAGGGAUGCAAGGCCAAAGAGGCAGUUCGGGACCACCAGGAAAUCCUGGACCAGCCGGAUUGUCAGUAGUUGGUAAAUCAGGUCCUCCAGGGGCAGUAGGAUCUCCAGGAGUACCUGGGUUACCCGGACCAAAAGGACACCCAGGUUAUCCUGGCCCUGCUGGACAAAAAGGGGAAAGAGGAAUUGGCAUCCCAGGGCAUUUUGGUGAGAAAGGACCACCGGGUUUGCCAGGGUCACCAGGAAUCUCAGGACCAGCGGGACUAAGUGCACCAGGAGCUCCUGGUCGUCCAGGGGAACCAGGUAAAAGGGGCUCAAUUGGACUACCAGGACCAUCAGGAUUCACAGGUGCACCAGGCCAAAAAGGCCCACCAGGCCUACCGGGAGAUCCUGGAAUUGGAAAGCCUGGAGUAAAUGGUGCAGCGGGAUUACCAGGCCCCCCUGGGCAUAAAGGGCACCCGGGUUUGCAAGGCUUGUCAGGGGCACCAGGUUUACCAGGUGUUGGGAAGCCAGGUGAUCCAGGAUCUAAAGGAGAACGUGGCCCAGUUGGCUAUACUGGAUAUCCUGGGAAAAAAGGAGAUAUGGGACCAAAUGGGAAACCGGGAUUUCCAGGAUUAGUGGGCCCAGCUGGUUUACCGGGAUCUGAAGGAGCCAGAGGCUUACAAGGGAUCCCUGGUGCCUCAGGAAUGAAAGGGCCACCAGGACACAUGGGUAGUCAAGGCUACCCAGGAUCAAAGGGUGAGAGAGGGCUAACUGGUGGUCCAGGUAUGUCAGGAUUUCCAGGAAAAUCAGGUUCAGCAGGUCCACCAGGAUCAAUUGGGCCUACAGGCAGAAAAGGUGAUCCUGGAUUAACUGGUCCUUCAGGUAAACUGGGAACCCCUGGUGCUCCUGGCACUCAAGGUCCAUUAGGUUUUCCGGGUCCAGUAGGAUUGAGGGGGCCAGCUGGAACACCUGGUCACAAAGGCUUACCUGGUUUGCAAGGUGCACAAGGACUUCCUGGAAAUGAUGGUGCUCCUGGAACUCCAGGACUAUCAGGGCCUCCAGGUAUUGUGAGCAGACAAUUAAUUAAGGGGCCACCAGGUGCACCAGGUCAAUCAGGAACAGUAGGUCCCCCAGGUGCACCAGGUCUUCCAGGACCACCAGGUUUACCCGGCGAAAUCUAUGUACAACCAGAAAAGUCAGUUCAGCCACCACCUGGUUUAUUAAGUCCUAUUCCAGCUUUUACAGCCAUUCUUUCUUGGCCAUAUCCACCAGUAGGUCAACCAAUUAUAUUUGACAUGCUAAUGACAAAUUCAAAUAAUAAUUACAAUCCAUCAUCUGGUGUAUUUACAUGCGAAAUACCAGGGCUUUACCAAUUCAGCUAUCACAUACAAAUCAAAGGGGCAAAUGUCUGGAUUGCAUUGUAUAAGAAUGGAAAACCCAUACUACAAACAUAUGAUGCUUACACGACAGGGUAUGUUGAUCAGGCCUCAGGAAGUGCUAUCAUACACCUACAUGAAAAUGACCAAGUCUAUUUAUUGCUACCUUCAGAGGCAGCCAAUGGUUUAUAUUCAUCUGACGAAAAACAGUCAUCUUUCUCUGGAUUUUUGAUUAAAACUUCAAACAUGGAUUCAAAAUACAUCUGUGCUCUUUUGUUGUUGGUAUCAGUGACUCUGGUCUACGGAACAGGAUUUAAUAGAUAUGCGUAUUUACGUAAUAAUGUAAAAAGCCAAAAGGAUUAUCAUGUAAAUGGAUAUGAAACUCAGAAUUCUGAAGAAGAAGAACAUGAAAACAAUGAGGACAGCAGAGAAUAUGAAGCUGAACAAGGACAUUAUGCGGAACAAGGACUACAAGGCCCACCCGGGCCACAAGGCCCACGGGGCCCACCAGGUGCUCCUGGAAAAGGUGGCACAGGGAUGCCAGGAGCCCCUGGCAAACCCGGGAGACCAGGGGAACCAGGAAUGUCAUCUAUGGGAAAAUCAGGGAUUCCAGGAGCACCAGGAAGACCAGGUGGUACAGGGGCCCCAGGAGAAAAAGGCGACAGUGGAGCCAAUGGAAUUCCAGGACCCAGAGGCAAAGCAGGACCCAUGGGAUAUCCUGGGGCAACAGGGUUAUCUGUUGCUGGUAAACCAGGCCCUCAUGGGCAACCGGGUACAUCAGGAGCACCAGGUCAACGAGGGGAAAGAGGAUUGCCAGGACCCAUGGGUCUUCCAGGGGCAAAGGGGGAAAUGGGAAUGGGAAUCCCUGGGCGUCCUGGUAGCAGAGGGGAAACAGGCUCUCAGGGCCGAUCAGGCCAACCUGGACCAGCAGGAAUGGGAAUAGCUGGUGCUCCUGGUCGUUCAGGUGCACCAGGGGAAAAGGGGGCAAUGGGCGCAUCAGGUGCUACAGGAUAUCCAGGCACACCAGGACCAAAAGGGCCAAUGGGAAGUCCUGGUAUGCCUGGAGUUGGAAAACCUGGAAAUUCAGGUGCACCGGGGAUGCCAGGAGCCUAUGGAGCCAAAGGUGCUGCUGGUGCCCAAGGUGUGACAGGUGCACCUGGACUACCUGGUUAUGGAAAACCAGGAUUACCAGGCCCCAAAGGAGAGCGUGGCUCAACAGGUGCCACUGGUUACCCUGGUGACAACGGAAAGCCCGGAUCAGUUGGAGCAACUGGAGCACCUGGAUCUAGAGGAUUACCAGGUGCAACCGGAUCACAGGGCUCAAGAGGCCAGCCGGGUUCAACUGGUGCAACCGGAGAGAAAGGACCAAUGGGACCCGUUGGUCAACCUGGAUAUCCAGGAGCUAAGGGUGGUGCAGGACUUGGAGGUGCCCCAGGUAAAUCAGGAAUGCCAGGAAGGCCAGGUGCACCUGGCCAUUCCGGACAACAAGGAACAGCUGGUCCCAAAGGGAGUAUGGGAUCUGCCGGUGUACCAGGUAAAUCUGGAAGCCCUGGCAUUCCAGGUGCUCAAGGUCCAGUAGGGUACCCUGGGGAAGCAGGGGCAAGAGGAAGUUCUGGCCCAGCUGGCCCAAGAGGCCCAUCUGGCACUCCAGGUACUCCAGGAUCUCCUGGAGAAAAAGGAGAUACUGGACGUCCUGGCCCACCUGGUCCUUCUGGAAAUUAUUAUGGGAAAAUGAGCAAUGGCGUACCUGGUACCCCUGGACCAGAAGGACCACCGGGCCCUGAAGGUCGACCAGGUCCUCCUGGCCCACCAGGUCCAUCAUCUGAAAUGUUUGCGCCUCAAGGCAAGUACAAUUAUAAUGGCUACAUCAAAUCAGGAGAGCCCUCAGCUGGAUUGCUCAGUCCAUACCCAGCCUUUACUGCUCUUCUUUCCCACUCUUAUUACCGUACUGGGGAACCAAUCGUAUUUGACAAAUUGGUGACCAACUCAAACAAUAACUAUAAUCCGUCUACUGGAAUUUUCACAUGUGAAAUACCUGGUAUCUAUCAAUUUAGUUAUCAGGUGCAAGUCAAGGGAGCAAAUGUUUGGGUUGGAUUAUACAAAAAUGAUGAAUCUGUGAUCUACUCAUAUGACGACUAUACAGAAGGUUAUAUUGAUCAGGUAUCAGGAAAUGUGAUAUUAUAUCUACAUGAAAAUGACCAGGUCUAUGUUCAGCUACCAACAGAAGAGUCUAAUGGAUUAUAUUCUUCAGACCUCAUGCACUCAGCGUUCUCAGGGUUUCUAAUUGUUCAUUCUUGAUGUGCGUUAGAUUAUCAAUAUCCAGUGGUGAUCUGACAUUCUAUUCUGAGUGAAGAACAGUACAAUUUAGUUAACAGAAUAAAUUCAGAAAAAAAUCAAAGUAUGAUUAUCGUUAUAUUAAGAAAUAUAAAGUUCUGACCAAUAAAUUUCUGUGUUGUUUUCAUCCACUAAACAUCACCUGUUUGAAACAAUACUUUUGGGUUUAUGAUGUGCACCUUGGAGACAAAAGCAUAUUGUUUUUCUGAUUUAAAAAAAUCCAGAAAAUUCUGAAUAUUCACAUAAAGUUAACUAAAUUAUUUUGGAAUAACAACCAUGUUAUCAUGUCACUUUAAAAUGCAAUUGCCCUUUUGUGAUACCAACACUUCUAUUGCCCAUUUUUGCAGAAAAUGUUGUACAAAAAUAUAUGUUGGUGCUUGACAUUUAUUGUUUCAUCCUUAACAACGAACCACCUCAAUCUGAUUCAGCUAAACACAAUCUUGAACUUCUGUUAUUUUCAAAGGUAUUAUGCACAAUCAAGUAUUUCAAUAUUCAUAUUACUUUGUGUCAAUAUCUGUCUACCACCAUUACUUUACGUAUUUCAGUAGUAAGUUACUUAUUACGCUAUUCAAACCAUAAAAAGCAUGUUAUAAAUUCUAGAGAAAUCUAAUGGCAUUGAUAACCUAUGCAUUCUCCAAAAAUACACGUAUCUAAAACGUAUGUAAAUGUUAUUGUAACAAAUCAUAAAAUAUUUCUGUAAUUGAUCAUUUAAAAAGUUGUUUUCUCAAAUCUUCCAAAAUUGCAAAUGCAUUUGUGUCACUGUGCAGUUAAAUAAAUGAUGAUUGUUACAAAUUUCAA